GUCCCAGGCCCCGUCACAAUCCUCUGUGCAGAGUUCUGAUACCGUGCUGGUCUGGCUCCCAGGUCCAGCCACAUCCCCUCAAGAGGAAAGCCGAAACUCCGGCAGCUACCGGAAGCUGCGACCACCUCCCUCUACGCACCCUCUCUUCCCCCCGCUUCUUAGGGCUCCCACAGGGCGAGUCCCCGAGUUCCUUUAGACGGAAGCGGAAGUGCGUGUCAACUGGAUCAUGGCGACUUUUGCCGACUUGCCCGACUCGGUCCUGCUGGAGAUCUUCUCUUACCUCCCGGUCCGGGAUCGGAUCCGAAUCUCCAGGGUCUGUCACCACUGGAAGAAGCUGGUGGACGACCGGUGGCUGUGGCGACACGUCGACCUGACGCUCUACACGGUAUGCGGGUCUGGCCGGGCAGUCCUGGGCCGAGGUCGGGUUGGUCAGACUUCGAGGACCACGCCUCCAGCCCUGUGUUUCGAGCGAGGCUCUCCCGGGUGCGUCCCGCCCGCGUCCCUUACUUGCUGUGCAGUGACCUCCAGGCCUCAGCUUCCCCAUCUCCAGAAUGCGGCCCAAAGUCAUGUGGCACCUUCUCCGCCGGUACAUGGCAUCCAGGCUCCAUUCCCUGCGGAUGGGCGGCUACCUGUUCUCAGGCUCCCAGGCUCCUCAGCUGUCCCCUGCCCUGAUGAGGGCCCUGGGUCAGAAGUGCCCCAACCUCCAGCGCCUCUGCCUGCACGUGGCCAACCUGAGCAUGGUGCCCAUCGCCAGCCUGCCCUGCACCCUGCGGACCCUGGAGCUGCACAGCUGUGAGAUCUCCAUGGCCUGGCUCCAUAAAGAGCAGGACCCCACGGUGCUGCCCCUGCUGGAGCGCAUCGUGCUGGACCGCGUCCCCGCCUUCCGCGACGAGCACCUGCAGGGCCUCACGCGCUUCCGCGCCCUGCGCUCGCUGGUGCUGGGCGGCACUUACCGGGUGACCGAGACCGGGCUGGAUAUGGGCCUGCAGGAGCUGAACUAUCUGCAGAGGCUGGAGGUGCUGGGCUGUACCCUCUCGGCCGACAGCACCCUCCUGGCCAUCAGCCGCCACCUCCGAGACGUGCGUAAGAUCCGGCUGACCGUACGGGGCCUCUCGGCCCCUGGCCUAUCUGUCCUGGAGGGCAUGCCAGCCCUGGAGAGUCUGUGCCUGCUGGGGCCGCUUGUUACCCCAGAAAUGCCUUCCCCGCAGGAGAUCCUCGCCUCCUGCCUCACCAUGCCUAAGCUCAGGGUCCUUGAGCUGCAGGGACUGGGCUGGGAGGGUCAGGAGGCAGAAAGAAUCUUGUCUAAGGGGCUACCCCACUGUAUGGUCAUUGUCAGGGCCUUGCCCAAAGAGUCCAUGGACUGGUGGAUGUGACUGCACCCCCAACCCCCGACCCAGGGACCCCCCUCUUAACUUUCAUUAAUGAGAUCCGGACCCUCUGGGCAGCACCUUGCCAGUAGGCAAGUAAUCAGGUUGGAGCAGCCUGAAGACCACGGGUAGAGAGAACCCAGGCCUUGGCAUCUUUAGGUCUUUGGAAUCGUGGUUCACCAGCUGUAUGGCCUCUGUGACAUGAGCCAGCCUCUCGGAGGCCCUAUCCUCACAUCUGGAAAUGAAGAAGACCACAGCUACCUCAUGGUUACCUUGCAGAGCCUUAAUGUUUACCACCCCCGGGCCCACUAAAGGCCCUCCAUGAAGAGCUGUUCUCAGGAACAGGACGGUGCGGAAGGGCAGAUUAGGAGUUAGGGAGACCUGAGGGGCCGAGACCCCUUAGGAAGGCAGGAAGGGCUAUCUAUGCAUGCACACUAACAUGUCAUUGACACGCAGACACACCACUGACAGCCCUGCAUGCACACAGGAGACACGGAAAGGAGGGCAGGUGCAACUCAUGCUUUGAUGAUCAAAAUGUUCGUAAAAAUUCGGAGCUGUCCUUUCUGUAUUUUGUAUUCUGGAUUUUCCCAAUUUUCCAUAGUGUGAUUUUGCUAUUAAAGACAAGUAAUUUUUUUUUUUUUAA